AUGCCUUUCCGUGUUCCUGCGUCGGGCGUUCUCGGACCGCGGCCAGGCACGGAGGCCAACCAGGCGUUCCACACUGCUCCUCUGGCGUUCCACGGCGCUGCUCCACCCAAUCUCGGUGCCCAGCCGAACAACGUCUGGAACCACCAGGCCAUGCUCGCUGCGCUGGUGAACUCCGGCGUUCCACCAUCUAGACCACAGAGCGCCGAAUGGUACUUCGACACCGGCGCCUCGUCACACAUGUCCUCCAACGCUGGUAACCUCUCUGCUCUUCAGCCAGUUCAUACUCCCACACCAAUCAUCAUUGGCAAUGGUGACACGCUGCCGGUCACUCACCGCGCGCGUGCCCAAAUUGCCACAACCCGAGCACCUCUUUACCUUGAUAAUAUUCUGGUGUCACCAUCUCUUGUCAAGAACCUCAUAUCUGUCCGUUCACUGACUCACGAUAAUAAUGUGUCUAUUGAAUUUGAUCCGUUUGGUUUCUCUGUUAAGGAUCUUCCAACGCGGGUGGAGAUUCUCCGAUGUAACAACAAUGGAGAGCUCUAUCCAUUGGCGUCCUCUUCCCCCCAAGCUCUGGUCACCACUGCACCAACCAUGGAGCUGUGGCGCCAGCACUUAGGACAUCCCAGGCGUCAAGACUGGAAAAUCAUUGAACAACGAAUCGAGAAACGCCUUAGUGGAUGGAAAGGCAAAAUGCUCACGUCUGGUGGCAGGUACUCUUCAGAGGAACUCACUGGCUGUGUCAAUGGGCGAACUUACAACGGCGUGAAGGCCUAA